UAAAAAAAAAAAUAACAACUAGUUAACUAAUCAACAACGCCGAUAUAAAAUCAACGUCGGCAAUUCAAAAGACGUUCGCUGAUUGGUCGAGGGCGCGAAUUUUGAAAAUUCGUAUUUGCAGCUGUUGUUUCAUCUUGUUUUUAUUCUUCAGUAAUUCUCUGAUUUGGAAACGAACUGAAUUUUAAACGGGACUUUUAAAAUUUACCUACUUCUUCAAAUAUCACCAUGGGCAACUGGAUAAGUGGAACCCAGGAUCCAGCAGCUGAUGUUGCCACUCCGCCGCCAUCAGUGCUUUCCUUACAUCAACGGUAUUCCCUCGAUCCUCGAUCCCCUUCUACAUUCUUCAAGCGUACCCCUAUCUUGGUGUGUGACAAACCAAAUCCAAUGCUCGAUCCACGAUCACCAUCUUUUGAAAUCAACCGAACCCCUUUAUUCUGUAGCUACCACAAAGAAAAUGAGGUCACAAAUACCCCGGUACCGCAACCCGCUACUGCAUUCACGUCGUCACCGAUGGUAAACAAGAUCAAGCCACUGUCCUUCGAGGGGGACAGUGAGAGGGAGGAGGAAGAGGUGCACGAGAAUGAGUCAUCGUAUUUGUCCAUCAUGUCCGAGCAGAAUAUCAGCACCCACCACAACAUCACCCUGGCUCAGCCGGACUACCUAAGUGACCAGAUGACCCAUCUGGUUGCAGAGUGUUCCAUCACAGAGAAACCGGACAUCUGCUGUGACAGUGACUCCAAACUGGACGACCAAGGUGUCAGUGUGGCCAAGCUGUCUGAGCCAGACCACUUUAGCAACAGUGUGUCUGAGUCAGGCGUUUGCAGUGACUCUGUUCAUCUUCCCUUGGACGAACAAGUUUCCACAGAAAUUGCAGAGAACAAACAAAAGGAAACUGAAGAUGGAAAUCUGGAGAAGAACCAUUGCAGUGAUGGGGAUGAGGCUAUAGAUGUGACUGGUGAUGUGAUGAAUAUGGAUGUAGGCACUGAUGGUAGUUACAUAAGCAGUGACGCUACUCCUACUGCAACUAAUGAUGCUACUAUUACUACUACUACUGCUGCUGCUGCCGUAACUUGUACCGAUGCUGGUCAUAAGCAGCAGUUGUUUUCGGUUGGUGCCCCUGACCGGAAGGAGAGAAGCAAGGUUAGCAGCAUCCCACUCGCAGUGAAAAAAAAGACAAGGACAGAGACGGAGGUUGGUCUGUCGGCAUUUGACAACUGCGACGAGAAGAAGACAUCAAUGUCCCUGCAACAACAUAACAACAACAUCUACAAAAAUAAGAAGACAAUGAAAGCAGUGGUUACUGCUGGUGGUCAAGGUGGUGUUGUCUCUGGUGUUCGGUCACCACUGCAAAGUCGAAAUUGUGGAAGCGUCAUCACUGGCAACAAUAGGUAUCGGUCAUCUCUGGCUAAGAUGCCGACUCGAGCCAACACCAAUUCUACUGGCGGAGCAGGUGUUAAAACGGUUUCUAAGCCUGUUUUCAAUUGGGGUCUUGAAUCUAGUGAAGUCAAGUUUGUUCAUGAUAAAGAAAACAUGUCCAUUCAGUGGCCAAAGUGAUUGCACCACCCCUAAACUCAGUCAUGACUUUUCUCUCUCACACCCUCUCUUUCCUUUUCUUUUGCUCUCUCUCUCUCUCUCUCUCUCUCUCUCCCUCACAUUUUUCUUUUCUUUUACAUGAAGACUGUCUGUGACAACUCGAAUUUUUAGCCUAUCGACUUCAUCCUAUACUGCCUUUAGAAUGGUACAUUCUUCAACAAUCUUCUGUUGGAAUACUCGCAUACAGAGACACCUACAUGGGUACAUAUGUACAUACAUACAUAUAUGUAUGCACGUAUAUAUGUACAUAAAGCCUUGUCUUCAGUUGGUGCUCUUGAUUGGAAGGAGAACAGCAAGGUCAGCAGUACACCAGUGAACUUGCCGCGAGGGGUGGACAAAUCCAACGUUUUGGACACAUUCAGUCAUCAGAGGAAAAGUUAAAAGGAAAGAAAUUCAUGAGAAACAGCUGAGUUUAACAUCCUUUAAGUUAAGAAAAGAGAUUUUCGGUUUAGAGGAUGGAAAAUUCUGCUGUUUAUCAUUAAUGUCUCUCCUUUUAACUUUUUUCCCUGAAAAAGAACCGUGUUGAAAACAUUGGAUUUUCCACCCCUCAUAGCAAGACCCCUGUACUCUUUAACAAUUUCACUAAGUCUUGCUGAUACAGAACACAACCAACUUCAUUGGAGUCUGAUUGAUCAUAUGUUAUACACACACAGAGUAGAGAUUAAUAUAUUUUAUUUUAGUCGAGUUAUUCUCUUGCUACUCUAGCAAGAGACUGUGUUGACCGACCACAAUUAUAUAUAUAUAUAU